AUGGAGUUGUACAUUCAAGAUGCCAGGCAUCUCCGAAUCUCCGAUCUUUCUAUUUCUGUCAUUUUCGAUCUGCGACCCAACGUGUAUGCUUUGCUGGCGAAUGGCGCAGAACCUGAGGAUCGCACAGAGGAAGCCCGGACAGCUCUGAUUUGUGCGGCAGCUCGUGGGCAUGUCCUCGUUGUUGCGAAGCUCCUGGAUUUCCAGGCCGAUGUGCAGGCUUUGGACAAGAUGAACCAAACUGCCCUACACGCUGCAUCUGUCGGAGGGAAAGCUGAGUGCAUCCAAUUGCUGCACAAGAAGCGGGCGCGCCUGGAGCAAAAGGAUGGCGCAGGGAGAACUCCCAUGCAGUUAGCUCUGGAUUGCAAGGAGGAAGGAAGCAUUCGCCAGCUGCUCAAGCUGCGCGCGGUUAUGCCCGAAGAGGCAGCCAAGAAGCCAGAGAUGCAGCCACUGAUCCAAGAGGUCGAGCGAGAGGUAUUGUUGGAGCAGCUGAAAGAGGCUGAAUUGCUGUGUGGAAAGCAGCAAUUGAAGGAUGCAGAGCAAGCUUUCGAAGAUGCUCGGCAACACUUGCUUCGAUUGAUACAACUCAGCGAGACUGCGAGGGUGACACCGGUGAUCCAAAAUGCUGAGUACAGGCUCUCAGAUUUACAGGAACAAUGCCGAGUGUGCAAGCAAGAGGCAAGCCGAACAGAGGCCAAAAUCAAGGAGACAGAGGCAGAGCUGACCAGACUGCAGUCCGAGCAUAAGGAGCAGUCCAAAGAUCUUGCUCUCCUCCGACGAGACCUGGACUCCUUGCGAGCUGCCAAGUCGAAGAAAAUGGAGGAGCUGCAGAACAUCAAGCAGCUCAUACAGCAAGUGCAGAAGGAAGGAGUUGAUGUUACUGUCAGGUACAGGCCAUUCAUGAUAGAUCCACGAACCAAGGAGACUGGGGAGGACAAGCAGGACUACUGUCGGCGCCGUGGCUGGGGUGGUGGAUGGAAACCGGGUCCCUUGAAGCAGUGGAAGUGGUGGCCCAACACGGCGAACGCGCACCGGCUCUGCUUCUACCUUGACGAGAUGGACUCAAAAACACCAGGGAUGAGCCAAAAAGAACGGGAUGAACGGGCGCAUUCUCUGAUGCGAAAGUACUACGAACUCACCUACGACAGGGAUUGCAACAUCUCCACACCCGAAGGUGCAGCACAGGCCGUUGCCGUCCCAAAAUAUCGAUGA